GAGGCAGAAGGAUGAGGUUCUUAAGAAAUGUCACUGCAACCAGAUCCAGGGGUGCAGCCUGGCUCACUGCAGCACACCGCAGCUGCCUGUGCAUCAGGGACAGACACAAGGGAAAGCAGCCGCCAGCCGGCACAGAGCUGGUCACUGGGAGCAUUUCUGAGCUGAGGAUCUGUAGACGCUUGGAAAUUCCUCCUACAGCUGAGUCAGGGGCCCAGUGAGCUGGGGCUCAGGUCCAGGCUGUAACAGGAGGCGGUGCUCCCAGCCCACCUCUCACCCUACCGCGCUGGGGAGAGCUGGGAACGAGGCUGCUCACAGGGUUAGGGGGGCCAGCCCCCCGGGACCCUCCUCCCUGGGGAAAACAAUCACGAGGGUGCUGGUUCUUCUUGGACGUACCUGGCCAAAGCACAGCCUGCGAACAGCCGGCAGCAGGCGCUUCUGGUUAUGGCAGCUCAGAAAUGAAAGCAGCAGCCACGCCUCUGAGAGCUGCAGGCAGAGCUGUGCCCAGCAAAUAAGAAAAAUAAGAACUAGUCCUGGACUCAGAGGAGGAGGAGCGCGGAGCAUCUCUCUCCUGCUCCUUGGCGUCCUUUACAUGAGGACUCCCUGCCCUCUGGGUGGUGAAUCUGCAGAACCUUCCUCUGUGUUCUGACCCCCUGCUGACAUCACUAACCUGUGACAGAAACAUCCCCACCCGGUACCUGCUCCUCCUGCGGCUCCCAGCCCAGCCUGGAGCCUCUUUGUAUGCCGCGGACAUGGCCAGCCAGCAGGACUCUGGCUUCUUUGAGAUCAGCAUCAAAUAUUUACUAAAAUCCUGGAGUAAUACUUCUCCAGUUGGCAACGGUUAUAUCAAGCCUCCAGUUCCACCUGUGUCUGGCACACAAAGGGAAAAAGGGCCACCUACCAUGUUACCCAUCAGUGUGGACCCAGACAGCAAACCAGGGGAAUAUGUCCUUAAGAGUUUAUUUGUCAACUUCACCACCCAGGCUGAGCGCAAGAUUCGCAUCAUCAUGGCAGAACCACUGGAAAAGCCAUUGACAAAAUCCCUACAACGUGGAGAAGAUCCCCAGUUUGAUCAAGUCAUCACCUCAAUGAGCUCUCUUUCGGAGUACUGCCUGCCUUCCAUUCUGCGCACAUUGUUUGACUGGUAUAAGAGGCAAAAUGAUAUUGAGGAUGAGUCACAUGAGUACAGACCAAGGACAAGCAAUAAAUCAAAAAGUGAUGAACAGCAGCGAGAUUAUUUAAUGGAAAGACGGGACCUCGCCAUUGAUUUUAUUUUUUCUUUAGUAUUAAUAGAAGUUUUAAAACAGAUUCCACUUCAUCCUGUAUUAGACAGUUUAAUACAUGAUGUUAUUAACUUGGCUUUCAAGCACUUUAAAUACAAAGAAGGGUACCUUGGUCCCAACACUGGUAAUAUGCACAUUGUGGCAGACCUGUAUGCAGAAGUCAUUGGAGUGCUGGCACAAGCUAAAUUCCAUGCUGUGAAGAAGAAAUUUAUGGCAGAGCUCAAAGAAUUACGGCACAAGGAGCAGAGCCCAUAUGUUGUUCAAAGCAUCAUCAGCUUGAUAAUGGGAAUGAAAUUCUUUCGGAUUAAGAUGUACCCAGUGGAGGACUUUGAGGCCUCUCUUCAGUUUAUGCAGGAAUGUGCACAUUAUUUCCUAGAGGUCAAAGACAAAGACAUCAAGCAUGCCCUGGCUGGGCUUUUUGUUGAAGUUCUUGUCCCAGUUGCUGCUGCUGUUAAAAAUGAAGUCAAUGUCCCCUGCCUUAGAAACUUUGUCGAAAGUCUGUAUGAUACCACGCUGGAACUUUCUUCUCGAAAGAAGCAUUCCUUGGCCUUGUACCCACUGGUCACCUGUCUGCUCUGUGUCAGUCAGAAGCAGCUGUUCCUGAACAGGUGGCACAUUUUCCUCAACAACUGCUUAUCCAACCUUAAGAAUAAAGACCCCAAGAUGGCUCGAGUUGCACUGGAAUCUCUGUACAGAUUACUUUGGGUUUACAUGAUUCGAAUCAAAUGUGAAAGCAACACAGCUACUCAGAGCCGUCUUAUAACCAUCAUCACAACACUUUUCCCCAAAGGGUCCCGUGGUGUGGUACCAAGGGAUAUGCCUCUGAACAUCUUUGUGAAAAUCAUUCAAUUCAUUGCCCAGGAACGUUUAGAUUUUGCAAUGAAAGAAAUCAUCUUUGAUUUUCUUUGUGUGGGAAAACCCGCAAAAGCUUUCAGUCUCAACCCAGAGAGAAUGAACAUCGGUUUAAGGGCCUUCUUGGUCAUAGCUGAUAGCUUACAGCAGAAAGACGGUGAACCACCCAUGCCCGUUACAGGCGCUGUCCUCCCAUCAGGAAACACAUUGAGAGUGAAGAAAACAUAUUUGAGUAAAACACUCACUGAAGAGGAGGCCAAGAUGAUAGGCAUGUCAUUAUAUUAUUCUCAAGUACGAAAAGCUGUGGACAGCAUUUUAAGGCACCUUGAUAAAGAAGUAGGAAGGUGUAUGAUGCUAACUAACGUCCAGAUGUUAAACAAAGAACCUGAGGACAUGAUCACGGGUGAGAGAAAGCCCAAAAUAGACCUUUUCAGGACAUGUGUUGCUGCUAUUCCUCGGCUGCUUCCUGAUGGGAUGUCAAAGCUUGAACUCAUUGACUUGCUGGCUAGGCUUUCCAUUCAUAUGGAUGAUGAACUGCGCCAUAUUGCACAAAAUUCUCUUCAGGGUUUGCUGGUUGACUUCCCAGAUUGGAGGGAAGAUGUCCUGUUUGGCUUCACCACCUUUCUGCUCCGUGAAGUAAAUGACAUGCAUCACAGCCUCCUGGACUCCUCCCUGAAAUUACUGCUCCAGCUGCUCACCCAAUGGAAACUGGUCAUACAAACUCAAGGAAAAAUCUAUGAGCAAGCCAACAAAAUCAGAAAUUCAGAGUUUAUUGCGAAUGGCUCCAGCCACCGAAUGCAGUCGGAACGAGGUCCCCACUGCAGUGUCCUCCAUGCUGUGGAAGGCUUUGCUCUGGUUUUACUCUGCAGUUUUCAGGUUGCCACACGCAAACUGUCCGUUUUAAUACUCAAGGAAAUCCGAGCUUUAUUUCUUGUCCUGGGUCAGCCUGAGGAUGACGACAGGCCUAUGAUUGAUGUCAUGGAUCAGCUAAGUUCUUCCAUUCUUGAAAGUUUUAUUCAUGUAGCAGUUUCAGACUCAGCCACCUUACCACUGACCCACAGUGUGGAUCUUCAGUGGUUGGUGGAAUGGAAUGCGGUCCUGGUCAACAGCCAUUAUGAUGUGAAGAGUCCAUCCCACGUCUGGAUAUUCGCUCAGUCUGUCAAAGACCCCUGGAUCCUCUGCCUGUUCAGUUUCCUGCGACAGGAGAACUUGCCCAAGCAUUGUCCCACAGCCCUCAGCUAUGCCUGGCCAUAUGCCUUCACUCGGCUCCAGUCAGUCAUGCCUCUAGUGGACCCCAAUAGCCCAAUUAAUGCCAAGAAAACCAGCACUGCCGGCAGUGGAGACAACUAUGUGACCUUGUGGAGAAACUACCUCAUUCUUUGCUUUGGAGUUGCAAAACCCAGUAUCAUGAGCCCAGGACACUUAAGAGCUUCGACUCCAGAAAUAAUGGCGACCACGCCUGAUGGUACAGUGAGCUACGAUAACAAGGCCAUGGGCACCCCAUCGGUGGGAGUUCUGUUAAAGCAGUUGGUGCCUUUGAUGAGACUAGAGGGCAUUGAGAUCACAGAGUCCUUAGUUUUAGGAUUUGGAAGAACAAAUUCCCUUGUUUUCAGGGAAUUGGUAGAAGAACUUCACCCAUUAAUGAAAGAAGCUCUGGAACGAAGACCCGAGAACAAAAAGCGCCGAGAACGGCGGGACUUGUUAAGACUACAGUUACUUCGAAUUUUUGAACUUCUGGCUGAUGCUGGUGUAAUAAGUGACAGCACAAAUGGAGCCUUAGAACGGGAUACUUUAGCCCUUGGAGCUUUGUUCCUAGAGUAUGUAGACCUGACCCGCAUGCUGCUAGAAGCUGAAAAUGAUAAAGAAGUUGAAAUUCUUAAAGAUAUCCGGGCACAUUUUAGUGCCAUGGUCGCCAACUUGAUUCAAUGUGUUCCAGUUCACCACAGGAGAUUUCUCUUCCCCCAGCAAAGCCUGAGGCACCAUCUUUUCAUCUUGUUCAGCCAGUGGGCAGGGCCCUUCAGCAUUAUGUUCACGCCUCUGGAUCGCUAUAGUGACAGGAACCAUCAGAUCACAAGAUACCAGUAUUGUGCCUUAAAGGCAAUGUCAGCAGUGUUGUGCUGCGGCCCUGUGUUUGACAACGUGGGCCUUUCCCCAGAUGGCUACCUAUAUAAGUGGCUUGACAACAUUCUGGCUUGUCAAGAUUUACGAGUUCAUCAACUUGGCUGUGAAGUUGUCGUCUUACUCUUGGAACUUAAUCCUGACCAAAUAAAUCUUUUUAAUUGGGCAAUUGACCGAUGCUACACAGGUUCCUACCAACUUGCAUCUGGCUGCUUCAAAGCCAUAGCAACUGUAUGUGGAAGCAGGAACUAUCCCUUCGACAUAGUGAUAUUGCUAAACCUUGUUCUGUUUAAGGCCUCUGACACCAACAGAGAGACCUACGAAAUCUCCAUGCAGCUCAUGCAGAUCCUUGAAGCAAAGCUUUUUGUUUACUCAAAGAAAGUAGCCGAACAAAGACCUGGCAGUAUUCUCUAUGGAACCCAUGGCCCAUUGCCACCCCUCUACAGCAUGUCACUAGCCCUCUUGUCAUGCGAACUGGCCAGGAUGUACCCCGAGCUCACUCUCCCGCUCUUCUCAGAGGUAAGCCAGAGGUUCCCCACAACGCACCCAAACGGGCGUCAGAUUAUGCUCACCUACCUGCUACCCUGGCUGCACAACAUCGAGCUGGUGGACAGCAAACUCCUCCUCCCGGGGUCAAGCCCCAGUAGUCCAGAGGAUGACAGCAAGAACCAGCAAGGAGAAGUGACCACUUCUCGUGGGCUGAAAGGGAACGGCUGGGGCUCCCCAGAAGCUACGUCUCUAGUCCUGAAUAACCUCAUGUACAUGACGGCCAAGUAUGGAGAUGAAGUUCCUGGACUGGAAAUGGAAAAUGUUUGGAAUGCUCUAGCCAACAAUGAGAAGUGGAGUAACAACUUGAGGGUCACCCUGCAAUUCCUGAUCAGCCUGUGUGGGGUUAGCAGUGACACACUUCUCUUGCCCUAUAUUAAAAAGGUGGUGAUAUAUCUGUGCCGUAAUAACACCAUUCAAACCAUGGAAGAGCUGCUCUUUGAGCUGCAGCAGACGGAGCCCGUGAACCCCAUCGUCCAGCACUGUGACAACCCACCGUUCUACCACUUCGCUGCCAGCAGCAAGGUCUCCACAGCAGCCUCUGGAACCACCUCCAGCAGCAACACAGUGGUUGCCGGCCAGGACAGUUUCCCAGAUGCUGAGGAGGGCAAGAUCUUGAAAGAGUCUGAUGAGAGGUUUAGUAAUGUCAUCAGAGCCCAUACUCGCCUGGAGUCAAGGUACAGCAAUAGCUCUGGAGGGUCGUAUGAUGAGGAUAAAAAUGACCCAAUAUCUCCCUACCUUGGAUGGCUGUUAACUAUCACAGAGACCAAGCAGCCGCAGCCCUUACCAAUGCCUUCUACUGGGGGAUGCUGGGCCCCUCUGGUUGACUACCUCCCAGAAACCAUCACCCCUCGGGGGCCACUCCACAGGUGCAAUAUUGCUGUGAUUUUUAUGACUGAGAUGGUGGUAGAUCACAGUGUAAGAGAAGACUGGGCUCUUCACUUGCCAUUAUUACUUCAUGCUGUCUUCUUAGGGUUGGACCAUUACCGGCCUGAAGUCUUUGAACACAGCAAAAAUUUGCUACUUCACCUCUUGAUAGCACUGUCCUGCAACAGCAGUUUCCAUGCCAUUGCCUCUGUGCUCCUGCAGACUCGAGAAAUGGGGGAAACUAAAACUCUAACAGUACAGCCAGCUUAUCAACCCGAGUAUCUCUACACAGGUGGCUUUGACUUUCUGAGGGAGGACCAGUCAUCACCAGUGCCAGACUCGGGGCUGAGCUCCAGUUCCACCUCUUCCAGCAUCAGUCUGGGAGGCAGCAGUGGGAACCUCCCACAGAUGUCCCAAGAGGUAGAAGACGUAGACACCACUGCUGAAACAGAUGAGAAGGCCAACAAGCUCAUUGAGUUCCUGACAACCAGGGCAUUUGGUCCACUUUGGUGCCAUGAAGACAUCACGCCCAGAAAUCAAAAUUCAAAGAGUGCCGAACAACUCACAAAUUUUCUACGGCACAUUUUGUCCGUAUUUAAAGAUUCUAAAUCAGGUUUCCGUCUGGAGCAACACUUGAGUGAGGUUGCAUUGCAGACAGCCCUGGCAAGUUCUUCAAGGCACUAUGCCUGUCGGUCCUUCCAGAUAUUCCGGGCAAUCAAACAACCUCUGUCAGCGCAUGCCUUGUCUGACCUUCUCUCCAGACUGGUGGAGGUGAUUGGAGAACAUGGCGAUGAGAUUCAGGGUUACGUAAUGGAAGCACUCCUGACUUUGGAAGCUGCCGUGGAUAACUUGUCUGACUGCUUGAAGAACAGUGAUCUCUUAACUGUAUUAUCUCGUUCUUCAUCACCAGAUUUAAGCUCUAGCAGUAAACUUACAGCAAGCAGAAAGAGCACAGGACAACUAAAUGUGAACUCUGGAACAGGUAGUGGCAGCACAGCAACUGCAGAACGGAGCCGGCAUCAGAGAAGCUUCUCUGUACCCAAGAAAUUUGGUGUUAUCGACCGAUCCUCAGACCCACCUCGCAGUGCCACACUGGACAGAAUUCAGGCUUGUACCCAGCAAGGUCUCUCCUCUAAAACCAGAAGCUCAUCCUCCAUGAAGGACAGCCUCACAGACCCAUCACACAUAAACCAUCCAACCAACCUGUUGGCCACCAUCUUUUGGGUCACAGUGGCCUUGAUGGAAUCUGAUUUUGAGUUUGAAUACCUCAUGGCCUUAAGGCUGUUGAACAGACUUCUGGCUCACAUGCCACUCGAUAAAGCUGAGAAUCGAGAAAAACUUGAGAAACUCCAUGCACAGCUCAAGUGGUCAGACUUCUCAGGGUUACAGCAGCUGCUGCUGAAAGGGUUCACCUCCAUCACUACCAUAGACCUGACCCAGCAGCUUUUCAGUUUGCUGACACCAGUGUCCAGAAUAUCCAUGGUGGACUCAUCCCAAGCCAUCGGGUUUCCUUUGAAUGUCCUGUGUCUCCUGCCCCAGCUGAUUCAGCACUUUGAAAACCCAAAUCAGUUCUGUAAGGAUAUAGCCGACAGGAUUGCUCAGGUUUGUUUGGAAGAGAAGAAUCCCAAACUUUCCAAUCUUGCACAUGUCAUGACUCUUUAUAAAACACACAGCUACACGAGGGACUCUGCCACCUGGGUCAGCGUGGUCUGCCGGUACCUUCAUGAAGCAUAUGCUGACAUCACCUUGAACAUGGUUACCUACCUGGCAGAGUUGCUGGAGAAAGGCCUCCCAAGCAUGCAGCAGCCCCUUCUCCAGGUCAUCUACAGCCUGCUCAGCUACAUGGACCUUUCAGUUGUUCCUGUAAAGCAGUUUAACGUGGAAGUUCUGAAGACCAUUGAGAAAUAUGUGCAAAGUGUUCACUGGAGAGAAGCUCUGAAUAUCUUGAAGCUGGUGGUUUCUCGGUCAGCCAGCCUCAUUUUGCCUUCCUACCAGCACAGUGACCUGUCAAAGAUAGAAAUACAUCGAGUGUGGACCAGUGCUUCUAAGGAAUUACCAGGGAAAACUCUGGACUUUCACUUUGACAUUUCAGAGACGCCAAUCAUCGGGAGGCGAUAUGAUGAACUGCAGAACUCUUCUGGCCGAGAUGGGAAGCCCAGGACUGUGGCUGUCACCCGGAGCACAUCCUCCACCUCAUCAGGCUCCAACUCGAACGUCCUCGUCCCUGUGAGCUGGAAGAGGCCCCAGUAUUCUCAGAAGAGGACAAAAGAGAAGUUGGUGCACGUCCUUUCUCUAUGUGGCCAAGAAGUAGGAUUGAGCAAAAAUCCAUCAGUGAUUUUUUCAUCAUGUGGGGACUUGGACCUGCUGGAGCAUCAGACAAGCUUGGUCUCUUCCGAGGAUGGUGCCCGAGAACCGGAGAACAUGGAUGAUACAAACAGUGAGCAACAGUUCAGAGUCUUUAGAGACUUCGAUUUCCUGGAUGUAGAACUAGAGGACGGAGAGGAGCUUCAGGGUGAGAGUAUGGACAACUUUAACUGGGGAGUACGCAGACGAUCUCUGGACAGUCUGGACAAGUGUGACAUGCAGCUUCUGGAGGAGCACCAGCUUUCAGGCAGUUCUCCCAGCCUAAACAAAAUGAACCACGAGGACUCUGAUGAAUCUUCUGAGGAGGAGGACCUGGCCACCAGCCAAAUCCUAGAGCACUCAGACCUCAUCAUGAAUCUCUCCCCUUCUGAGGAGGUCAACCCUGUGGAAUCAUUCACAUCAGCCUGUGAAAUGACCCCCGCUGACUCUCAUUCCUUUAGCACUAGAAUGGCUAGCUUUGACUCUUCUUUGCCUGAGAUGAAUAGUCUUCAGAUUUCUGAGGUUUCCAAGACUGAAGCUGUACAGGAGGAGGAGGAGACCACCAUACAUGAAGAUGAUCUUUCUACUUCCAUCAAUGAACUCCCAGCAACUUUUGAAUGUAGUGAUAGCUUUAGUCUGGAUAUGACUGAGGCAGAAGAAAAAAGCAACCAAGCCCUGGACCAGUUCACUCUGGCAAGCUUUGGAGAAGGUGACAGGAGAGACUCUCCCCCACCCUCACCCUUCUUCUCGGCCAUCCUUGCUGCGUUUCAGCCUGCAGCCUGUGACGAUGCAGAGGAAGCCUGGCGCAGCCACAUCAACCAGCUCAUGUGCGACUCCGAUGGCUCCUGUGCUGUGUACACGUUUCACGUGUUCUCUUCCUUGUUCAAGAAUAUUCAAAAAAGGUUCUGCUUUCUAACCUGUGAUGCGGCCAGUUACCUUGGAGACAACCUCAGGGGGAUCGGGUCCAAGUUUGUCAGCUCCUCCCAGAUGCUCACUUCAUGUUCUGAGUGCCCCACACUUUUCGUGGAUGCUGAGACUCUCCUUUCUUGUGGACUUCUGGACAAGCUCAAGUUCAGUGUUUUAGAACUGCAGGAAUAUCUGGACACAUACAACAACAGAAAAGAGGCCACUCUCUCAUGGCUUGCAAAUUGUAAGGCGACAUUUGCUGGAGGAUCAAGAGAUGGAGUAAUUACCUGUCAACCAGGGGAUUCAGAAGAAAAGCAAAUGGAAUCUCUGGCACAAUUGGAACUAUGUCAGAGGUUAUAUAAGCUACACUUCCAGCUGCUGCUGCUUUUUCAGUCCUACUGUAAGCUCAUCGGCCAGGUGCACGAAGUCAGUUCCAUGCCAGAGCUGCUAAAUAUGUCCAGGGAACUGAGUGACUUAAAGAAAAAUCUGAAGGAGGCCACUGCAGCCAUUGCAGCUGACCCUCUUUAUAUAGAGGGUGUGUGGUCUGAACCAACCUUCACGUCUACCGAAGCAGCCAUCCAGUCCAUGCUGGACUGCCUGAAGAACAAUGAACUUGGCAAGGCUUUACAUCAAAUCAGGGAAUGCAGAAGUCUGUGGCCCAAUGACAUCUUUGGAAGUAGUUCUGAUGAUGAGGUCCAGACACUACUGAAUAUAUAUUUCCGUCAUCAAACUCUAGGACAAACAGGUACUUAUGCUUUGGUGGGGUCUAACCAGAGCCUGACUGAAAUCUGCACCAAGCUGAUGGAGCUGAACAUGGAGAUUCGAGACAUGAUUCGCAGGGCCCAGAGUUAUCGAGUCCUCACUGCUUUUCUUCCAGACUCCAGUGUUUCUGGCACUAGUCUCUGACUAGAGUCACCUGUCACCCAUGGAUUCCAAGAUGGAUGUGCUGCCAUGCUGGAGUAACAUCACUCAGUAUCUUUUCAGUCUUCAGGAGGCUUGGUUUGACUAUUCUCCCUCUUGUUACCUGUUGGACUUUUUCUAAAGGGAUGACAGAACUUCCAACAUGCAGCAAUGAAGAACCAAGUUGA